AAAGGAAAAUUUGACAAAUCCCUCCCUCUGUAAAGGGACUACCUCUCUUUUUCAGUUCUUGUAAUUGGACUUGGAUCUCCUGGCCAUUAUGGAAAGCUUUGGCGGGCCGGCGUUAGCUGUCGUGGGUAGUGCCAUGAAGAAGAAGAGGAGUGGCAUGUUACGUCGUCCACGUGUUACUCUACCGACAUUUACGCAUAAUCAUGUUUUAAUGUCAUCGCCAACACCAACCAUAGGUUUUAGUGGCAACAAAGAUCAAAAUUUUAAGAACGGUUAUAAUGGUUUUGGAAAUGAGAAUAAGCUGAAACUUAAGCUCAAGCUUGGUGGGGUUACGCGUAUGAUCCACACUAACUCCACUGCUGAUCAUGCCUUUGGCAGCGAGCCUAGCUUAACUAAGUAUUCCAAUUUCUCUGAAGUUUCUCAAGCCGUAGAAAGGCCCCUUUUUCUGAGCAAGAAAGGCUCCCAUCUUUCUGAUCAGGAAGAAGGCUAUGGAGUUCAAUGGAAGGAUUUAUCCAGAAGUGGCUCGGGUUAUGGAAAGGGACAUUCUUCUAGGGGAAAGGCACAUGAGAAUGAAACUGACAGAAAUGAGCCAACUCGUAAGAGCAAGCGGGUUCCUAAGAGGCGUGUCUUGGAUGUAGGCAAAAAUAGUGAUGACGAUGAUGAAGACGAGGAAAUCCGUUAUCUUGGGAGACUGAAUGCUUCAAAUGGUGUCUCGAAUCAUGAAGAUGAAGAGGAUGAGAUAAACGGGAGAGAGAGUGCUAUUUGUGAGGAUAGAGAUUAUGUGGAAGAGGACGAGUGGGAAUCCAACGAAGAGCCUGGAUCUAAAAGGAAGAAGAUGAGAAGUGGAUCGGUUGAUUUUUUUGUGGAUGGAAGAACCAAAUCAACUCACACUACUCGUAAUGUUGCUCUUCAGUCUUGGAAAGAUCACUUAUCUGGUCCAGGUGCUGGUCUUGUUGAGUUCCAAGAUGGUUUACCUACUGCACCACCUAAAAAGCAAAAGGAGAUACUUUCUGAAGUGGAGCUACAGUUGAAGAAGGCCGUGGCUGCACAGAGACGUAGAAUGCAGUCCGAGAAAGCAGCCCGGGAUGCUGAGGCUGAGGCAAUCAGAAAAAUACUCGGUCAGGAUUCCGCAAGAAAGAAAAAGGAGGAUAAGAUGAAGAAGCAGCGGGAUGAAUUGGCACAGGAAAAAGCUACCAAAUCCGAAACUCUUGCAUCGAACACAGUGAGAUGGGUUAUGAGUCCUAGUGGAACAACAGUUACAUUUUCCGAAGAUAUCGGUCUACCACAGCUAUUCAAUUCAGCACCAUCAAGUUAUCCACCGCCACGAGAAAAAUGCGCGGGUCUGAAUUGUACAAAUCCAUACAAGUAUCGAGAUUCCAAGUCGAAGCUUCCAUUAUGCAGUCUUGCUUGCUACAAAGCAACACAGGCAAAGGCUCAACCUUCGAUUGCAUGUUGAGAUUCUCCCUUUGAUUUCACUGACUGAUGCGGAAAUGGUUCCAUUAUAUUAUUUCUGAGAUGAGAAUUGAAGGUGACUAUUGAACUGUCAUUUUUCACUUCUAAUGUUUGAGCUCGAGCUCGAGCUCCUACCGAGUGACGAUGCUCUCUCUCCCUCAUUGUUGCUAUUUUAUUCAUUUCGAACUCGUUUGUUCGAGGAGGAUGUAUUCAUUUACCUA